AGACAGAAGCUAUUCUAAACUACUUCGGUUCCAUCUGCUCUUCUGCAAUCCUUCUUCUAUCUGGAUUUUGCUGAUCCAUAACUCUGUCAACAUGUAGAGUUGUAAACAAAAUGAAUCCGCGUAGAGAAUGACACCGGUAACAUGUAAUUGUGGCGCCAAUCAAGGCUGCGAGUCCUUUUCCUUGUUUCCCAAACUAUGCAUUUAUUAAUUUACUGCUCGCCCACCCAGGUGGAUAAUAGUAGCUUCCCAGUUUCAAAACCGUAUUUUUAACACUUUUGGUUUUUUCCUAAAACUGCACACCAACGUUAUAAAACAAAAACGGCCGGAAGAAAACAAAAGACCGAAAGAAAACCAUAAGAAAAUCAGAGAGCAAAAGGAACAGAAUUCGCAUGCUUCGUCAUAUAUUUGCAGAGCAGAAUCAUUGGAGCUGCUGCUGCUACUUGGUUACUGGUUAGUGCCUAUCCCAUCUCAAAUCUUCUGUCAUUUGUUAAUGGCUAUUGGAACUAGCAGAUAAGCAAACGCAAGUGGGGAAUUCCAUUAUACCCUUUCUUUAAUCUAAUUCUACGUACGCCAUGGCGUUGGUAAAUUGUAGGUGUUUUUGGUGGAGGCUUUGGAAAAACGAAAGAUGCCGCCACGGACUUCUUCCCCACCGCUGUUUUCUUUCCUUUUUUGCAAACGCACAGACUGAUUCUUUCUUCUUCUUGUUGUUGUUCCCAACCAAAAACAACAAACAGUCAACCCAAGUCUUGAUUGAUUUUGUCCGCUCCUUCUAUAAAGUUUUCCUUUCUUGCGUUUGCCUACUCUUCAUCAAUCAGCCAUUCCCCUGUUUGCAAUCCUCGGCAUGAAAUUGGUGUGGGUCAGUUUCUGUUUAUGGCUUGCCCACGGCGGCAGAAUUGCGCUGGUUACGGCGGCCAGUGCAUGCGGGCCUGAGAGGGAGCUGAAUCAGACUCCAACUUGGGCCGUCGCCGGUGUCUGUGCUGUGAUCAUCAUCAUCUCUAUCCUCCUUGAGAAGCUUCUUCACAAACUUGGCUCGUGGUUUACAGAACGGCACAAGAGAGCUCUAUUCGAGGCCUUGGAGAAGGUCAAGGCUGAGCUUAUGGUACUGGGUUUCAUUUCAUUGCUGCUGACUUUUGGUCAGAACUACAUCUUGAAGAUUUGUGUCCCCUCAGAGGUAGCAAAUUCGAUGCUGCCAUGUGCUUAUGAGGGUGAGCACAAAACUGAUGAGGAGGAGGAACAUCGUCGGAGGCUGUUAUGGUUUGAACACAGAAUGCUAGCUGGUGCAGACUCUGCUACAAAGUGCAAGGAGGGGCACGUACCACUUAUAUCAGCCAAUGGACUGCAUCAACUACACAUCCUCAUUUUCUUCUUAGCUGUCUUUCAUGUGAUCUAUAGUUUUGUAACCAUGAUGCUCGGGAGAUUGAAGAUUCGUGCCUGGAAGGAGUGGGAGCAAGAAACCUCCUCUCAUGAUUAUGAGUUCUCUAAUGAUCCUUCAAGGUUCCGGCUUACUCAUGAGACAUCUUUCGUGAGAGCACAUACAAGUUUCUGGACAAGGAUUCCAGUCUUCUUUUAUUUUGGAUGCUUCUGUAGGCAGUUCUUCAGAUCAGUUAGUAAGUCUGACUACAUGACAUUGCGCAAUGGGUUCAUCACUGUACACCUAGCUCCUGGAAGUAAGUUCAAUUUCCAAAAGUACAUCAAGAGGUCAUUGGAGGAUGAUUUUAAACUUGUGGUCGGAGUGAGUCCUGUUUUGUGGGCGUCUUUUGUGGUUUUCCUGCUUCUGAAUGUUAAUGGUUGGCAAGCACUCUUUUGGGCAUCCACAAUUCCUGUGAUUAUAAUCUUAGCAGUUGGAACAAAGCUUCAGUCAAUUUUGACAAAGAUGGCAAUCGACAUCUCAGACAGGCAUGCAGUGGUGCAAGGGAUACCACUCGUGCAAGGGUCAGACAAAUACUUUUGGUUUGGUCGCCCCCAGUUAGUUCUUCAUCUCAUCCAUUUUGCUUUAUUUCAGAACGCUUUCCAGAUAACAUAUUUCCUGUGGAUAUGGUAUGCAUUUGGCAUAAAGUCGUGCUUCCAUGCUAAUUUCACUCUGGCCAUUGUCAAAGUCAGCCUCGGGGUUGGUGUCCUACUCCUAUGCAGUUACAUCACGCUUCCCCUUUAUGCACUAGUGACUCAGAUGGGUUCCAACAUGAAGAAAGCAGUGUUCGAUGAGCAGACAUCCAAGGCUUUGAAGAAGUGGCACAUGGCCGUGAAGAAGAAGCAGACAGCGGGAAGAGGCUCGAAGUCGUCUUUAUCAGUCAGAACUCUGGGCGGUGGAGAUGCAAGCCCAAUGUCCGUCACAGCAGAUGGCUCCUCCACGGCCAGAACUUUGCUCUCCACCGGCUCCUCUGGCCACACAUUGCACCGUUUCAAGACCACUGGCCACUCUACACGAGCUUACUACGCAUACCGCGAUGAUGAUGAGUUGUCAGACAUGGAAACCGAGGCUUUGUCCCCUGUUCCUUCGUCAUCAAUCAUUCAUAUGAGUUUGAUUGGUGGGUUGAGGGAUCAUGAAGGUGAAGAGUUGGAUGAUCGGAUUCCGAUUUCUGGCGGAAAUUUGAUGGAUGAAUCCUUCUCCCACCAGCAUGCUGGGGAGGAAAGUACUACUGGAAAUGAGGACGAUUUCAGCUUCGUGAAGCCGGCUGUUUCCAUUAAACAACCAUGAAUGAUGCUAUAUCUUCGGCUAGCAGUGUGAGAUGUAUAUUCUGUUCAUUUCCUGCCUUUGGCUAUCCAUGUUUGUCAACUCGCCAAAUCAAGUUCUCAUGGAGAAGUAAAUGAGGAAUGGUGUG